AUGGUUGGGUUCAAGGCUACGGAUGUACCCCCUACUGCCACUGUGAAGUUCCUGGGGGCUGGCACAGCUGCCUGCAUUGCAGAUCUCAUCACCUUUCCUCUGGACACCGCUAAAGUCCGGCUGCAGAUCCAAGGAGAAAGGCAGGGGCCAGUGCGGGCUGCGGCCAGCGCCCAGUACCGAGGCGUGCUAGGCACCAUCCUGACCAUGGUGCGCACUGAGGGCCCCCGUAGCCUCUACAGUGGGCUGGUCGCCGGCCUGCAGCGCCAGAUGAGCUUUGCCUCUGUCCGCAUCGGCCUCUACGACUCUGUCAAGCAAUUCUACACCAAGGGUUCUGAGCAUGCUGGCAUCGGGAGCCGCCUCCUGGCAGGCAGCACCACAGGUGCCUUGGCUGUGGCUGUAGCCCAGCCCACAGAUGUAGUAAAGGUCCGGUUCCAGGCUCAGGCCCGGGCUGGAAGUGGCCGGAGAUACCAAAGCACUGUUGAUGCCUACAAGACCAUCGCCCGAGAGGAAGGGUUCCGAGGACUCUGGAAAGGGACCUCUCCCAAUGUUGCUCGUAAUGCCAUUGUCAACUGUGCUGAGCUGGUGACCUACGAUCUCAUCAAGGACGCCCUCCUGAAGGCCAACCUCAUGACAGAUGACCUCCCUUGCCACUUCACUUCUGCCUUCGGGGCAGGCUUCUGCACCACCGUCAUCGCCUCCCCCGUCGAUGUCGUCAAGACGAGAUAUAUGAACUCUGCCCUAGGCCAGUACAGCAGCGCUGGCCACUGUGCCCUCACCAUGCUCCAGAAGGAGGGUCCCCGAGCCUUCUACAAAGGGUUCAUGCCUUCCUUUCUCCGUUUGGGUUCCUGGAACGUGGUGAUGUUUGUCACCUAUGAGCAGCUCAAACGGGCCCUCAUGGCUGCCUGCACUUCCCGGGAGGCUCCCUUUUAA